GUCGCGCAUGCGCAACGGUGAGAGUAGUCAAAGACAGGGAGCAGGAUGCCUCGGUGGAUGCGGUAACGCGGGGAGCGGGUUGUAGUCUCGGUAUGACUACACCCUGAUCAUGGCAGUACCAGGCUCUGAGCGGCAGGGAUGAGGAGCCGCCAGAGGAUGUACUCCGCUGUCAUGCGCUUCUUCCUGAAAUGCCUGCGGAUAGGUCAGCGGCGCCGGUUCUGGCUGACUAAGCAUGUGGGGCAGCUCUGGCUGUACGGGCGCCUCUGUUUGCGCUCCCUGGUGUACAACUCCUUUGCUAACGGCGACACUGCUCUCGACGCCCUCUUUGAGCCCAUCUACUGGCUGGUGGAUCACGUCACCCGCUGGUUUGGGGUGGUGUUUGUGGCUCUGGUGAUCACUCUGACCAGCUCAGUGGUGGCCAUAGUGUAUGUCUGCCUCUUGCCACUUGUCUUGCGAACCUACCCCCUUCCUUGGAUCUUCUGGCAUUUCAUCUAUGGUCACUGGAACCUCGUCAUGAUUGUCUUCCACUACUAUAUGGCCAUCACUACUCAGCCCGGUUUUCCUCCACAGCAGCAGUUGAAGAGCGAUGUCGCUGCUGUCUCCAUCUGCAGGAAAUGUAUUGCCCCGAAGCCUGCCCGGACCCACCACUGCAGCAUCUGCAACAGGUGUGUGUUGAAGAUGGACCAUCACUGCCGGACAGCAUGGCUGAACAACUGCGUGGGGCACUUCAACCACCGCUACUUCUUCUCCUUUAUGCUGUUCAUGACCAUGGGCUGCAUCUACAGCAGCGUCAGCGGCUGGGACCUAUUCUGGGAGGCCUACGCUGCCAUUGAGAAAAUGAAACUGCUUGACAAGGGGAGACUGCACGUGACAGCCAAUCAGACUUACUCUCAGACACCGCCACCCACCUUCUCCUUCCGCCAGCGAGCUUUCCACAAGAGUAUAGUGUAUGCCUGGGUCCUCUGCAGUUCAGUAGCCUUGGCACUGGGCGCUCUCAUGCUCUGGCAUUCUGUCCUCAUCACUCGUGGUGAGACCAGCAUUGAAAGGCACAUAAACCGCAAAGAAAGAAAGAGACUCCGAUUGAAGGGCAAGGUCUUCCAAAACCCAUACAACUAUGGUCCUUUGGGAAAUUGGAAGGUUUUCCUGGGUGUGGAGACACAGAGGCACUGGGUCACCCGAGUUCUACUACCCUCCACACACACCCCCUAUGGAUCUGGCCUGAGUUGGGAGACUCCACCCUGCAUUGUGGAACAGAAGACUCCUCUCUUGACAAUUUGAGUUCGAUAAAGGGCAGAGUUGACCAGCUGCCGGAAGACUGGAAACCACAGGCUGCUCUCAGGGGGCAGCAUAAUGGACAGCUCAGUUCCCCGAGGUGCUGGUGACCUCACAUGCCACAAUUGUACCAGCUGCAGCAAACUGCUCCAGCAGUCUUAGGAUGAAGGUGGAAGAGCCCCCCCAGCUGCAGGCAGCUGCGGUGAGACAGCAAUGUCUUGCCCACAUAAUCCAGCCUAUGUAGGAUGAAGUAUUGGUAUUCCUGGUAGUGGAGGAAGGAGCAAUAUGACCCCCUCACCUCAGGGUCUUGUUACUCUUCCACUAUGUAGGCAGGGAUUUUUUAAACGAAAAUAAAAAUCAUUUUAAUA